AUGGAAGUGAAAUUCAUUACUGGCAAGCACAGUGACAGGACACCCUAGACGACUGAACCACAAAGAAUGUGCAAAGCCCUGUGGCUAACUCCGUGGCCUAGUUUAAUCUUGUAGUCACUGUCUUGGAUAAUCAUCUCAAAUCUAUUCCUGUACUUACAAGCCCCUCAGCAUGUGACUGAGUUCCCCCCACCCCAUCUCGGGUUCUUUUACACUGACCUGUCAGAGUAGACUUUUAGCAAACAUAUAUUGCAUCAAAUCAUCCAACAGAUGUCCCUUUCCAAUGAGUUGGAGCAGAACCAACUAUAUGGAAAAGUUAUAAACAAGGAAACAUGCAACCCAAGGAUUUUCAAUGGAUUGGCACAGCUUCUUGUACAGAAAAUUCAUUCUCUUGGGUGGAACAUGAGUUAUACAAGAGUGUAUAGCAUCAGAAAAUUGACUCUCACCCCAAUCAAGGCUCACACUUCCUGA